AUGAAGAAACCCCCAUCACGACCAUAUGAAUCUCUUAAGGGGAUGGACCCCAAGUCCCUGAGGAACAUGUGCUUCACCCAGAAGCACAAGAGGGGCCUGAGGAAAAUGCAGGCCAACAGCACCAAGGCUAUAGGUGCUCCUACUGAGGCCAUCAAGGAGCCCAAGGAUAUCAAGGCCAAGAUCCCGAUGGGCAUUAACCGCAAGGUCAGUCGACUGGCCUACAUGGUCUACUCCAAGCUUGGCAAGGGUCUGAGGCUCUGCCGGCCCAAGGCACAAAGCAAGGCUGACGCCUCCACUCCCACUCAAGCUCCCAGAGGCACCCAGGCUCCCACAAAGUAG